AUGCGCACCGGUCUCUUCCUCAGCGUCGCUUUUGCGACCACAGUGUUUGGCCACUCCCAGAAACCCAUUGUCGACCCCAAUGCCGACUGGAUGACCAAACACAUGGCCGAGGAGCAUCAUGUGCAGGGCUGGGAUGCCGACUCCUUUUUCACCCUCCACGACUACAACGGCGAUGGCUGGUGGCAAGCUGCCGAGGUCAUGCGAACAUACGGCCUUUUCGACGAGUCAAACAAGGGCAUGUCCGAAAAGCGAAAGGAUGAGGUUCGCGAUAUCUUACUGGGCCUCCUCGACAAGGACUCCGACUCCUCGGUCAGUCGCAAGGAAUGGAUGGAUUUCAUCAGCACAGGCAAGACCCUGCCCGACUUGAACACUGGCCCUGGACACCACGGCGACGAUGAGUACGAGUACGAAAUCCAUCAUUGGGAGAAGUACCACGACGACAACACUAAGCUCGAGGACUUGACGCAUCCUGAGGAUAUCGAGCACUUUAAGAAGCAUGACGAGAUGGAGGAUGCCCAAGACCGCCUCGAGGCUAUGCAGAAGCUCUCCAUUGUCGAGGCCAACAUUCCUCAAAAGUUCCGACGACAAUAG